AUGAAAACGUAUGUUCCAGACCCUUCCUCCUCUUUUGAAAGGGCUUAUAGGACAGUCCCAUUUUUGAAGACUGUAUUGUGGUCAGGUAUAUCUGAAAUACUUAGGAAUUCAAAUGAGAAGUGUAUUAUUAAUAAGCGAGAGCUAGUAAAGAAAGGGGCAUCAUUGCGUUUAAACUGUGGAAAUAGUAUACUCUCUGAUCUUGAUGUAUCCACUCUAGAAUGCUGUAUAUGUGCUCUUUCCUCUGCUUCUAGUGAAUCUAAUCUUAAAAGUGGAAACCCUUGUGAUUUUUACCGAUUCCAGUCAAGUAACAGUAUAUUGGAAUCCUCAAAACUACCAAGUAAAGUGAUAUCAUCUAAAAUUAUGAGGAGCUCUACAGCAUCUAAUAUAUCGCCAUAUCUACAAAAUAGAUAUUCUGACUUGCUUUCUACUCUGAUAAACGAAUCUAUUGCUGACAUUUUCCGUAUUCGUCACUCUGAAGUCUAUGAUUCUUUUACUUUUGAAUGGACAAAAAGAAGAAGUGAGAUUUUGGAGUCUUGUAAUCUAAAUGUGGUAGGUCUUUUUGCAUCUGAUAAUAUAAAGAAUAUAAAAGGUAAACUAGUUUGCUCAGGUAUGGUAGACUAUAAAAUAAAUCCCAGAGCAUGGAGCUGUAGUAUAUUAAAAAAAUCAGAUUCAUAUCCUAUAAAUAUGGUAUACCUUCCUUCAUCUUCAGAUGAAUAUAAAGAUGAACAUUUAUUGAUUUUAAAUUACCUCUUACCAAAGUUCUCCUUGAUUGGGCUUACCUUAGAUGAAUACAUUUUAAGACAGAAAUCCUGUAUCACCGCAAUAAAUACUAGAAUGUCUUCAAUAAAAGAUCUAAGCUUAUUUAUAUGUCCAAAAGAAUAUGUAAAUGAUAUUUCGACAAUUUGGAAUUUACUUGAAUCAAUUGUUGGCUCUUCACCAAAAACAGUGGCAUCUGAGAGACAAAUAGUCUGUAGUAUUUUAAGUUAUCUUGAAUUAUUAGCCGUUGAUAUUGUUGAUAUCAAUAACAAUGCAAGAUGUAGCAUGAAUAAGAGUGACUAUCUUCCUACUAACAACACAAUUACUUUGCCUACCCUAGUAGAGUUCGGCAAAUGUUACUUCCAAACUAGAACAAGCAACUCUCAAUCAUUGAAGAUAAUUAGCUCAUUUCCAAGCAAAAUUGAACAUUACUGGUUUUUGGCUUACUGGGCUUUUAGAAUUGGAGGAGGACAUCUACUAUUGGAUUUAACUGAACUUGAUGCAGCACCAAAAAACUUUAACAUUGUAUGUGAAUAUCUUGCUUUGAGAUUAAUUUCAACUAGCAAAUCACUAGUUGUAAACUGUAGUCAUUCUUCUAGGCAGCUUUUAAUAAAUGAAGAGAAUUGGGUUAAAUACUGCUUGCAACUAGAUGCAUCGCGUGACUUUUCUGCAGAAAUUGAAGAUUUAAAUAUUUCAUUCCACAACUUUCAGAAUCAGUUAACUAACACAAAACCAUCUUUCGUGGCCUUUGAGUACUUAUUAGCUAGCAUAGUGCUACCUACUGUUAAACCUUUGACUCUUUCGAAAUUAUUACCUGAUGUAACUGUUGAGGAUUAUAUUUGGUAUAGAUAUCAUAUAAUGUUAAAGAGCUGUGAUGACUCUAGUAUUAAUAGUGAAUUGAACGAAUUAUAUUUCCGUCUAAAAAACCAGGGGCCAACUUAUUUUGAAUUAAAACCUGAGAAUAGUAAUACUUGCACUUUAGGAAAUACCAGAGAUGAUAUAAGUGGUGACUACUAUAUAUCAUCCUUUAACCGUCCUCUUGUCAAGUCUGAAAUAUCUAAAGUCCAAUCUGACAACUCAAAGUUGGCAGAUUUUCAAACAUUAACAAAGAAGGAUCUAUUGAAAAUACCUUUAUCUGAAACUGAUAUUCAUUCAUCCAAAAAACAUAUGAACUAUUCGACAAGUUUGGGUUAUGCAAAAGUUCUCUGCUAUGCUCUGCACAUUGGUGAAGCUCUUAAAUGGAUCUAUGACUCACAUCCUAGUCUUCGGAAUAUAGUUCUUCAGUGGGUACUAUAUUUGAUAAUUGCUGGUAUCCUUCCCUUAGAAGCUGACUUUGAGGGAAAUAAUAUAAUACCUUCUUUCUGUUCUAAAUUGGAGAAUUUCAGUGAUUCCAUAGAUAUUUGUGAGAUAUUACUAUUAACUAUUCGUCAAUGCAGCUUACCUCUACCAUUUGUACUUAAUUUCAUGAAUAUUGUGCCAGAGCAUUGUCGUAAAAAAAUACUUGCUACAUAUGUUGAGUUCAAUUUAAUCCACUUAAUGGUAGAUGAUAAUCUGGAUAUCUCUCACAAUUUACAUGCUUCUUUAGAGGAAAUGAGAACUACAGUAGCGAAUACUAACCAUGAUAUAAAUCAAUGUGAUCAUCUUACUAUCAUUAGAAGAGACUUAUUUGAAAUUAUUGCUCAGAUUUCACGUGAUCGCGGUCAUUACAUUACUGCAAUACGUUUUUAUCUAGAUGCAAAGUUAUUUACAGAUGCUGCAAAUAUCUUAGUAGAUUGUUUACAGCUACCUAUAUGUACAUCUUUAGUUGCAUUGUCUACCCCUCAGAAACAAUUCUUUGAUAAGUUACAAGGUCUUAUUGGAGAGUUUAUGAAAUAUAUAUCUAAUAUGCAAAUUUCACCUGAAUUGCAAUGUAAAAUAACAACUCUCAAGAUUCUAAAUAAAGUAGUAUAUGGGUUUGUACUAAUUCAAAAGGGAAUGUAUAAAGAUGCGAAGGAAUAUAUUGAAAAUGAAAAUCUUAUACCUGAAUCUACAGACAACAUAAGUUUAUCAAACAUGCUCUAUUUACCCAAACUACUAGAGGCUUAUGUUAUCUGCCUUUUUGAACUUUUCCGGAGUGCUGGAAGUCACUCCAAUGGGCUUUUCCAUGCAGUAAGUAGAGCAGUUAUUUCACGAAGUAAUAAUUUAAUGGCAUUACUUUCGAUGCUAAGUGCAUCACCUGGGGUACAAAGUGAUAUAUGUGAAAGAACUCGCAAGUUACUUAGAGAAGUACUUAUGUUAGGUUCAACUGAGCAGCUGUUUACUAUAGACACUUGUUAG